GGGGGGGGGUGCACGAUGGGGAGGGUUUACGCUUUGCAAGGGGUAGUAGGGGGGCGGGCGGUCGGUUGCGCCGUAUAUAAGAGCGGGCGGAUCGCGCAGGCGGCAAGUCACACUCCCACCAGCCCCGAGUCGAAAGCCAUGGAGCCCACGGCGAACCCGUACGACGACUACGACUACGACUACGAGGAGUUGGAGAACUCCACCAUGUGCGACUACUCGGAGUGGACGCCGUCCUACUCGGUCAUCCCCGUGCUCUACAUGCUCAUCUUCAUCCUGGGCCUGUCGGGCAACGGCGUGGUCAUCUUCACGGUGUGGCGGGCGCAAGGGAAGCGGCGCGCGGCCGACGUCUACAUCGGCAACCUGGCCCUGGCCGACCUGACCUUUGUGGUGACGCUUCCCCUGUGGGCGGUGUACACGGCCAUGGGCUACCACUGGCCCUUCGGGGUGGCCCUGUGCAAGAUCAGCAGCUACGUGGUGCUCCUCAACAUGUACGCCAGCGUCUUCCUCCUCACCUGCAUGAGCUUCGACCGCUACCUGGCCAUCGUGCACUCGCUGUCCAGCAGCCAGCUGCGCACCCGCGGCCACAUCCGCGCCUCCCUGGCCGCCAUCUGGAUGCUGUCGGGAAUCCUGGCCGCGCCCACCCUGGUCUUCCGCACCACCCGGCACGACCCGGGCAGCAACCGCACGUCCUGCGCCAUGGACUUUGGCCUGGUGGUGAGCAACAAGCAUCAGGAGAACCUGUGGAUCGCCGGCCUGAGCAUUUCGUCCUCCGCCCUGGGCUUCCUGCUGCCCUUCCUGGCCAUGAUGGUGUGCUACGGCUUCAUCGGCUGCACCGUCACGCGCCACUUCAACACGCUGCGCAAGGAGGACCAGCGCAAGCGGCGGCUCCUGAAGAUCAUCACCACGCUGGUGGUGGUCUUCGCCGCCUGCUGGAUCCCCUUCCACGUGGUGAAAAGCGCCGACGCCCUCUCCUACCUGGACCUGUUCCCGGCCACCUGCGCCUUCCUGCGCUUCCUCCUGCUGGCCCACCCGUACGCCACCUGCCUGGCGUACGUCAACAGCUGCCUCAACCCCUUUCUCUACGCCUUCUUCGACCUGCGUUUCAGGUCGCAGUGCCUCUGCCUGCUCCACCUCAAGAAGUCCCUGCACGCCAGCCCCGCCGGCUCCUUGUCCUCCCAGAAGACGGAGGCCCAGUCUCUGGCCACCAAGGUCUAGCGCGCCUGGGGGACUCUGUCACUGCUCGGUGCUUAUUUACGGGUUCCCGACCCUUGGUGGGACUACUGACUUGAAGAACUUUUAAGGGACCAAUUGUGAAGUAGACGUGUGGAAUGUAUCUCCAAAAAGCUUCUCUUUUUUUUUGUGGUCUUGGACUCAAGUCCCUCCAACCGAAGAAUGAAAAGUCCCACUUUUGUUCUUAUUCUUUCAGAGGUGGCAAACGUACUCACAGAGAUACUUGUGUGGG